GAUGACGCGUAUCAUCUUUACUUAGCGUACGCUAUCAGACGGGAUAAAGAAAGACGGCAACACGUGUCGGUAUCGUAGAUUUAUCGCUAUCACCACCAUUUGUUUAUUUAUGAAAUAAAAAUAUUUAUUAUCGAAAAACACGCUGUGCUGCACAGGAACAAGGUUUUCCGGUCGAACUUUAUAAAUAUAUCAGUAGGUAUAUUAAUAAGCUGUAGGUAACAGUAGGUGAUAAAUCGAAUUUCCAUGUUUCUCAAUCCUAACAGAGCGGGCGGCUUUCGACUGCCACAAAACCUCAAUAUGGAGGCCCCCAAAACUUCCGAUAUCGUUAUAAUCAGUGGCAACUCGCAUCCGGACCUGUCGAAUUUGAUCGCGAAAAGACUGGACGUGAAGAGCGGAGGUUGUGCGGUGUAUCACAAGACGAAUCGCGAGACUAUGGUCGAAAUUGGUGAUUCUGUUCGAGGCAAGGAUAUAUUUAUUAUACAGACUGGAACCAAAGAUGUAAAUAACAACAUCAUGGAGCUGCUGAUAAUGGCUUACGCAUGUAAAACCUCGUCGGCGAAUUCGAUUGUCGCCGUUAUACCGUACCUUCCCUACAGUAAACAGUGCAAGAUGCGUAAACGAGGCUGCAUCGUUUCCAAACUCCUCGCGAAAAUGAUGUGCACGUCCGGUUUAACACACAUAAUAACAAUGGAUUUGCAUCAAAAGGAGAUUCAGGGAUUCUUCGAUUGCCCCGUGGACAAUCUACGUGCCAGUCCAUUCUUGUUGCAGUACAUACAGGAAUGCAUACCCGAUUAUCGAAAUGCGGUUAUUGUCGCGAGAAAUCCAGGCUCGGCGAAGAAGGCGACAUCGUACGCCGAACGAUUACGGUUAGGUAUCGCAGUCAUUCACGGAGAGCAAAAAGUCGCCGAGAGUGAUGAGGUUGACGGUCGAUAUUCCCCACCGGCCGUUCCGCGGUCUCGUACCAUGGACGCGGGUGUCGGUGUGCCCGUUCAUCCGGCCAAAGAAAAGCCUCCUAUUAACGUGGUCGGAGAUGUAGGCGGACGAAUCGCUAUUAUGGUGGACGAUUUAAUCGAUGAUGUCCAGUCGUUUGUAGCCGCAGCAGAAAUUUUAAAGGAGCGUGGCGCUUACAAAAUUUAUGUUUUGGCUACGCAUGGACUUUUAUCAUCUGAUGCUCCACGCUUAAUAGAUGAUUCGCCAAUUGACGAGGUCGUCGUUACUAACACCAUUCCACACGAGCUGCAAAAAAUGCAAUGUCACAAGAUCAAAACGGUGGACAUUUCCAUUUUACUAUCAGAAGCCAUCAGACGCAUUCACAAUAAGGAAUCCAUGUCUUACCUAUUCAAGAAUGUUACCUUAGAAGACUAGUGCACUAAAUGCGAACGGCCUGUAGAUAUAUCAAACCGGGCAUCCGCAUGAGUGACCAUCAGCGGUUUUGUGGAUGCCUAGUUAAUGUUAAGUCAUUUGAUUUACUUCCUAAUUGAUGGUUUGUCAAGUACUACGUUGGUGAUCAUGUAAUUUUAUUCGUGCACUUUGUAUUAUUUACGCUACUAAGUUUAAUUGGAAAAAACACGGAAAAACCUGAGAUAUUUGUAUCAGUAUUUUUUCUGUUUUUAGUGAUGUAUAACAAUUUUUUGUUACAAGUCAAUUUUUUUAAAUAAUUUUGAAUAAAUUUCCAAUUAGUUUAGUUAA